UUUUUUUUUUACCCAAUUGUUUUUAUUUGUGCGGGAGAAUGUUUACAAGUUUUUUUUUUUAUAUAUAAUGUUUAAGACAAUUAGAAUAAUUAGGAAAAAAAAGUUAUUUGAUUAUAAAGUGUAAAGUGUAAAUCACAAUUGAAAAAUAUUAGAAAGCAAUGGAACGCAGUGAAGUUAGUGAAAUACUAUAUGAAUUCGUGGAACAUAACCUAAAAGAACAAACGUAUAAUUUUAAAUGUGAAUUUGUCAAAAGUUUAUUUGUUUUAUUUGUUUAAUUUGAAUUUAUUAAAAAAAAUAAAGAAGAUGCCACAAUUACUUGUCCGACCAAAUGGAACGCCAAUGCAAUUUCAUUUGGUCGAUUUGCCUGAUGAUAUAUUAACUCGAUAUAUAUCUUUAAUUGAGAAAAAUGGAGGUGAAGUUACAUUAGAACCUGAUGAAACAAUUCUUACAUUUACGGUGCCAAUGUUUUGCUUCAAUUAUUCAAUUGUUUAUAAUAUUCAAUUCAUUGACGAUUGUUUGAGUAGAAAAGAAAUUUUAAAUGUUGACGAUUAUUACAUUGGUGAUGAUCGAUUUGUCGAAGAAUGUAGAAGACCGGAAAUAAUAAAAAAAAUAAAAAAUUGUGAAUGUUCGGAUUGUGGAUAUGAACAUCAUGUGGAAAAUGUACAGCAAGAAAAAAAUUUAAAUAAGUCAUUCAGAAACGAACGAGAAUUGGAAAAAGCUGAUUCUGAUCCAACAAAUGCGAAUGAGAUGCAAAGACGUUUAAUGGAUGACAGUGGAUCUGAUACGGAAUAUAUGUUUUCUGAUGAUUCUCGAAAAUCAGAAGAUUUCGAUUAUGAUGUUGUUUUUUCACCUGUAGCUGAAAAAGAAAAAAUUAUUCAAUCUAAAGAAAAAUAUCCAAAACAUCAAAAAUACAAUGAAUUGACUACUAAAAAUAAGAUUGUUGAAAAAAAUUUACAAGAAGAUAAAAAUCAACCAUCAACUUCAGGAAUUGUUGAUGAGUCAGAGAAAAAUUUACAAGAAUUAUAUGAACCGUCGGAAUAUUUAAAAAUAUGGGCAAAAAAAAUUGUGGAAAAUAAAGAAAAAGAUGAAUUUGGUUUUCCAAUGCCAAAUCUUAAAGGAUAUAAUCAUAAUGAAAAGUUAAUAUUGAUUGAUUUUCUGGUUAAAUCAAAUUUAAUUUUUAAAAAUAAUGAUUUGAAAGUUUGGAAGCUUGCUCGAAAAUUAAAAAUUUUACCGCAUAAAAAAUCGGUAAAAUCAAUGAGAGCUUUUUUUAAGCUGCGAAUUUUACAAAACAUUGAGGAUUUUCAUUUAUCUAAUGAAAUUCAAGAAAAAUUCAUUAAUUAUAGAACAUUUGGAAGUCUAGUGGAACAUUUAUUAAAAUGGGCAAAAAAUGAAACAAAAAAUUUGAAAAAGGAUAAGGAAGGAUUUCCAAUUAUUGAAAUAAAAAGAAGAAUAACAGAUUUAGAAAAAGAGAUGAUAGUGAAAUUUCUCAUUGAAUCAAAAAGAAUUCGUCAAAUUAAAUCUGAUUCUACGUGGAAAUUGGCCGAAUUUUUGAAAAUAUUGCCUAAAGAACGAAUGAAACAAAAUUUAGGACAAAUUGUAGAAAAAGAAAUUUUACCCAAUAUUAAAAAUUAUAAUUUACCCGAAAAUAUAGUUAAUCAAUUUUUAAAAUUAAAUAAAAUUAUCAAAAAUUCGCCUAAAAAAGAUUAGUUGAUAAAAAAAAACAGGCGAGUAUUUAUAAUUUUAAAAAAUAAUAUAUUGUACAAAUUUUUGUAAAGUGAAUAAUUAAUUUUGUAUUUUUUAUUGAAGAAAUUAUUAAAAACAAAUAUUGUAUUA